AGUCAGGAAACCGGUAGCUGUGUUAAUUGUUGUUAUAUAAUACGUUGCCGUGGGCGCAAGAGCAACGUGGAAGAUAACACAGGUCCAGAUUUAAUACAGCCUCAAACGUGACGUCACGGGGUCCACGUUUGUAGCAAGAUGGCGGCGCUGAGCAUCACUGUAGGAAGUGCAGUAAUCUUCCUGUUGACCAUAUCCUCUGUUGCAUGCUUCUAUGUGCCUGGGGUUGCCCCAGUGGAGUUCAAGAAAGGAGAUGUUGUAGAUGUCAAGGCUGUGAAGUUGACCAGUGUGAGGACUCAGCUACCAUAUGAAUACUAUUCCCUGGCAUUCUGUCCACCACCUAAUGGCAUCACCCACAAGGCAGAGAACCUGGGUGAGGUCUUGCGAGGAGAUCGUAUUGUCAACACACCAUACAGGGUAAAUAUGGCCCAGAAUAUCUCAUGUGAGACACUGUGUAACCACCCCAGUAGUCCGACCAAACCUGUGCAGAUCAGUCAGAGUGGAGCAGCUGAUUUUAUUGACAGGAUCAAGCACGACUACUUUGUGCAUCUAAUUGUUGAUAAUCUGCCGUGUGCAACCAAAUUUGAACUGCUCGACAGCAAAGAAGUUCAGUAUGAGCAUGGCUACAAGCUUGGAUAUGAGACUGGAAAUGAGGUGUACAUCAAUAACCAUCUGCGACUUAUCCUCAAGUAUCACACAGAUGAUGACAAAUCAUUCAGAGUGGUUGCUUUUGAAGUGGAACCAAGGAGUAUCAAUAAUGGAGAAUUAGGUGUUGAUGACAAGGGAAUUUGUAAGCAGAAGAACCUGGACAGAAAACCUGCCCCUCAGAAAAUCAAUGCCCAAGGUGUGACAGACGUACUGUUUACAUACGAGGUGAACUGGGUGAAGAGUGAAAUCCGUUGGGCCUCCCGCUGGGACACCUACUUGUCCAUGAGUGAUGUCCAGAUUCACUGGUUCUCCAUCGUCAACUCUGUCGUCGUUGUCUUCUUCCUCUCAGGUAUCCUGACAAUGAUCAUGGUUCGUACCCUACGUCGGGACAUUGCGAAAUACAAUAAAGAUGAAGAUGUGGAUGAGACCAUUGAGGAAACUGGUUGGAAACUUGUCCAUGGUGAUGUGUUCCGUCCUCCACGAAAGUCCAAGAUCCUCGCAGCUCUGGUCGGCUCGGGCAUGCAGAUCUUCUUCAUGGCCCUCAUCACUAUAUUUUUCGCCAUGCUCGGAAUGUUGUCUCCAGCCUCUCGAGGAGCUCUCAUGACUGCUGCCAUUUUCUUGUUCAUGUUCUCAGGUUUAUUUGCUGGCUAUUUCUCAGCCCGCAUCUACAAAACCUUGAAAGGUCUCCAGUGGAAACAAGCUGCACUACAGACUGGCUUGCUGUUCCCGGGAGUUGUGUUCGGUAUCUGUUUCCUUCUCAACUUCUUCAUCUGGGGCAAGCACUCGUCUGGUGCUGUGCCAUUCACUACCAUGAUUGCACUGCUGUGUAUGUGGUUCGGAAUCGCUCUGCCUCUUGUGUUCCUGGGAUACUACUUCGGAUACCGCAAACAGCCCUAUGAGCAUCCUGUCCGAACCAACCAGAUCCCCAGACAGGUGCCUGAACAGACCUGGUACAUGAACUCCUCUCUUGGUACUCUGAUGGCUGGCAUCCUGCCCUUUGGAGCUAUGUUCAUCGAACUCUUCUUCAUCUUCACUGCCAUCUGGGAGAACCAGUUCUACUACCUGUUUGGUUUUCUCUUCAUUGUGUUCAUCAUUCUCAUCGUCUCCGUUUCACAAAUCUCCAUCGUCAUGGUCUACUUUCAACUGUGUGGCGAGGACUACCACUGGUGGUGGAGAUCAUAUAUUGUGUCUGGAGGCUCUGCUGUGUACAUCUUUGCAUACUCUGUAUUCUAUUUCAUAACCAAGCUUGAGAUCACAGAGUUCAUCCCCACACUGUUGUACUUUGGCUACACUGGGAUCAUUGUGCUCACAUUCUGGGUGCUGACAGGCACAAUCGGCUUCUAUGCAGCCUACUGGUUCAUCCGCAAGAUAUACGCUGCCAUCAAGAUAGAUUAAGGGUUGUAAUUUUAGGUAUGUUCCGACUUUGAAUGAGGUUAUGUGUGGUCACGAGUGAGAGGCGUAAUCUUUCAGUGUAUUCAAUGAGGAAAGAGGUGUUGACUCUCAUACAUAAGGGGGUAUUUUAUUGUGGUGAUGUUACUAAGGUAUUUUUAUUGGAUACUAGAAUGUACUUGAAGAUAUUGUGUUCUUCAGAACAAGAUUGUUCACAAUAUGAACCUAUUGUUUGAUUUCUGGAAAAUAAUCCUGGUUCCAGGUUUUCUUAUAUCCUUGA